AUGUCGUUCACUGAAGUUGGGGAGUCUCUUGGUCCUAUAGUUGCCACAACUCAGCAAACAACGAACUUUCAUUAUUAUAAUACCCAGGGUGAUUCAGAUAACGAACAGGAUUAUGUAGGGACCCCGCCUUACUCAAACGACGAAUCUACCCUCGAAGGUGACAACAGUGAAGAAGGAAUGGAAGGCGUCUCUGAUAACGAACAAGUUACUCAAAAUAUCCUUCCCGUACAAAAUCAAGGAUUCGAAGGUGGUAGCGACUUUAAUACGUAUCGAAACAAUAACGGAAUAACCAACGAUCUUCAUUCAAAUCAUCAUGUUGGCAGUUAUAAUAUACCUUCUUUUCCUGAUGGCUUCCCAGUUCCUCAACCACCAUCCAUUUUUAGGUUUCCUAACGUGAGCCAACCUCCUAAUUAUACUGUUAGAAAUGAUAUUACUGUAUCUCAGCCAACGACAACAACAUCUUCAAAUGCUCCUCAACAAAAGCAAAGUCCUUUGAGAUUUGGUUUUCCGGAUUCUCAAGAAUCACGUGAUAAUGAAGUGAAUGACGAAGAAGAAGAUGGUUCCUCAUCUACAAAUUCAUCGUCUUCACGAAAAAGAGCAAGGUCAAUUUCAAAUGAUUGGACUAAUACCGCUUCAAAUUCACAUUUUGUUCCAUCAUCUAUACAAUUUGGUUCUUUGGAACCCAUUAAUCGAGAUGGUAUCGGUGGUAGGUCUACUGUUGGUAAUAACGUGCAGGCAUCUGCUCGUUCUUCUCCACUUAAUCGUUCGACACCGGGAAAUCAUGCUCCGGUUAUUAAUAAUUAUCAGGAUAUAACCGAUGUCCCUCCUACUCCUUUAUCUCCACCCAUAAAUUAUGUACCUCAAUAUGUUCCACAACCCAAUCGUAUCCCUACUUAUGUCACAUACACUCAACCUUCAUCUAAUUCCUCUCAAUCAUCAUCUAUACUGAUACGUCCACAAUCUCAACAAAAUUUUUUCAAUCGUAUGUCAUAUGUUAGUAACGCAUCAAGAAGAAACUUUCAUAAUCUUACUCAACCAUUAGAUACUUCUUUGAGAAGAUCAUCACAUCAUACUAGUGACGAACAACAACAAUCUUACAAUAAUUACACAUCAGUUGGUUCCGAACCUUCCAAUGUUAUAUAUCCUGAAGUAGUAUCUUCACAACCAGAAAGAAGGCAACAUCAUACACAUACUAAUGUACAUAUACAGAACGUGUCACAAGGGCCUAGGGGAUCAUCAUCAUCUAGAUGGGCGCCUUCAAAUCGAAGUCGUACGGAUGUGUUGACUAGAUCAAUUAUUCCAAAUCCACAUUUCCGUCGUACAGCAAUUCGUCCAAACACUUUCACAGGUGCUGGUAACCAUUCAACUUUUGGCGUUCCGUUGCAGGAGUCCUCUAGAAGUGAUGAAGAGCCAGACACCGCUAUUGAUUUGCCAGAAAGUUCGGAUAGUGAGGUCAAUGUAACAACCACUCCGAGUCGUCCUCCAUGGAUAAAUAGAGCUAUUAGACGUCAUGAUAUACGCCAGGAUUCCAAUGCACGUGACUCACGGCAACCUAUAAGUAAUCGAACUUUAGUGCCAUCGGCAUCUACAACGAAUGCCGUAAGAAACAAUUCUUCUGAUAGUCAUGCUUCAGAUGAGCAAUUGGCAAGAAGGAUGCAGGCACAUGAAUUCAGUUCUACACAUCAAAAUCUCGUAACUCGUCCUUCAUCCCGUCGCGAUACGGGAACGAACUCGUCAACAACUUCACGAAGUGGUUCUGUCAGGAGGGACACAUCAACCCGUGCACCAAUACCCAGAUUACCAGACAUGUUAUCACACCAUGAUCGUCAUCAUAAUGAAGAACGUGGAAGUGAAUCACGAUCCCGUACUCAUGGUUUACGCAACGGCCAAUCAAGGAACGAUGAUGAUGAGUUUGACGCUAGUUACGAAGGAUUGCUUAGGCUAAGUGAACAAAUCGGCGACGCGAAACCUAAAGGUGUUCCAGAACAUGUAGUCAAUACUUUACCAACGAAGCCAUAUUUAAUGAGUAAAGCAAGAAGUCCUGAUGAAAGAUGUACAAUAUGUUUAUCAGAAUAUGAACUUAAUGAUUGGCUCCGGGAUUUACCAUGCGCGCACGAUUUCCACAAAGAAUGCAUCGAUAGGAACUCUGAACUUCAAUGGAAAUACAUUCAAAAUCACUUAAAGAAAUUGUCAGUUUCCAGUUUAGAGUUUUCUUAUAUCCCUUCGGAGGAAUUUCCGGGCA